GAGCUAUAUUAUAUCACUCUCUGCUCAUUAGUCAUCAAACUUAAUCCAUCCCACUCCUUCUCCAUCUUUGUCAUGGCAACCCCAACGCGCCUCCUCCCUCUUCUCUUUUCUCUACUCUCGCUAUGCUUCGUCUCAACCGUUAGAUCGGACGGAGAUUGUGUCUACUCAGUUUAUAUUCGGACGGGUUCCACCAUCAAUGGAGGAACCGAUUCAAUAAUUGGACUCAAGGUCUACGACGCGCUCGGCGACGGUAUAUACAUCACCAAUCUCGAGGCCUGGGGCGGGUUAAUGGAGCCGGGUCACAACUACUACGAGCGGGGCAAUCUCGACAUUUUCAGCGGUAGAGGCCCAUGCUUGGACCGGCCCGUUUGCGCCAUCAAUAUAACUUCGGACGGGUCGGGGGCCCAUCAUGGCUGGUACGUUAACUACGUCGAGGUCACUUCUGCUGGUGUCCACGCGGCCUGCUCUAGUUCGCAGUUCACGGUGGAGCAGUGGCUCGCAACCGACACGUCGCCUUAUCAGCUCUGGACCGUAAGAAACAACUGCCCAAACGUCUUGAGUCAGGCCCGUUCUAAAGCCCAUUUCACCGAUGUCGUCAGCUCUCGAAAUGGGCCCGGGUCCGGUUUCUCUGUUUAGGCCCUCAAACGUUCGCGGGCCGGCAUGUAAUGUUUAUGAAGUGGUAUUUAUGGAUAGUUGUGGUUCUGUUGUGCGGGUAGUGUUGUUGGGAAACAAGUGUUUUUUCGGGGAUGCUUUUGUUACGGUCAGUGUUUGGUUUCUCCUUGACCUUGUUCUUGUUCUGGCAUUGAUGAGAAGUUCUCCCUUUGUAUUUAUAGAUUGUUUAUUAGUAUUGAAUAAGAUUCGUCUGGACUUUUAUGUCU